AUGGUCGCUCUUGCUUUCACGGUUCUAUUUCUGGGGGCGCUGUUCGAUGGCGCGAUCGCCGUCGGCGACAAGCACAAGCACAAGAACAAGAACAAGGACUACAGCGACAGCGACAGCGACGACAACAACGACAAAAACGACAUCAACCUCAUGAAAGAGGCGGACGCCAUAGCUUAUUGUGCGGCACGCAACAAGGCAGCCGAGGGAACAUGCAAUGAGGGUUUCUGCACCUUUUAUCACGAAAAAUUCGCCAGUAGAGCGAAUGACGGCGACCUCGUGUUUCAGUACUCAUACGUGGUUGAACGACUCUGCCCAGGCGGUGCCAAGUGCAAGACGGAUAAGUGCAUCGCGAGGCUCAUCGACGAGAAAAAGCUAGAGUUUGACGUUGAGUGUUAA